CUUCAGACACAGAACGCUUCGACUCCUCCUAAGAGAGCAGAGCUCAACUACUGAAGCUAAACUCUAGCUUUGACACGAGAGAGAGAAAGAGAGAGAAAGGGAGACUGAAAAAAAUCCCCGGAGAGAAACUUACAACGAGAUCGGCUCGAUCAGACCGCGUACCACGAGACUCAACUUUGAAGAGUUUUUAAGGAAGAUUGCUGAAGACAGACAUUGUUUUUCCUUUCACUUUUUUAACAUUAACUGAAGAAAAUCAAAAUGUCUGCAGGACUGAACAACCUGAAACUGGCCGCUUACUUGUGCCUCACACUCUUCUGCUGGGCUACCGCUCAGGACUGCAGCGGGCAGUGCAGCUGCCCUGACGCGCCCCCCCAGUGUGCCCCCGGCGUGAGCCUGGUGCCCGACGCCUGCGGCUGCUGCAGGGUGUGCGCCAAGCAGCUGGGCGAGCUCUGCACCGAGAGGGACGUCUGCGACCCCCACAAGGCUCUCUUCUGCGACUUCGGCUCCCCCAUCAACCGUCGCAUCGGAGUGUGCACCGCUAAAGAAGGCGCCACUUGCGUUUUUGGCGGGAUGGUGUACCGGAGCGGAGAGUCGUUCCAGAGCAGCUGCAAAUACCAGUGCACCUGCCUGGACGGGGCAGUGGGCUGCGUGCCCCUCUGCAGCAUGGACAUCCGCCUGCCCAGCCCCGACUGCCCCAUGCCCCGCCGCGUCAAGGUCCCGGGCAAGUGCUGCGAAGAGUGGGUGUGCGACUCCCCGCACCGCCAGACCUUCGUAGGCUCCGCCCUCGCCGCGUACAGAGAGGAGGAGACCUACGGGCCCGACCCCUCCCUGAUGCGGGAGAACUGCCUGGUCCAGACCACCGAGUGGAGCGCCUGCUCCAAAACCUGCGGCCUGGGGAUCUCCACCCGCGUCACCAACGACAACCGGGAGUGCCGCCUGGAGAAGCAGUCCCGCCUGUGCAUGGUCAGGCCCUGCGAGUCGCACAUGGAGCAGAGCAUCAGGAAAGGGAAGAAGUGCAUCCGCACCCCCCGGGUCUCAAAGCCCAUGAAGUUCGAGAUCUCCGGCUGCACGACCACCAAGUCCUACCGGCCCAAGUUCUGCGGCGUGUGCACCGACGGCCGUUGCUGCACCCCCCACAGAACCACCACCCUGCCCAUGGAGUUCAAGUGCCCCGACGGCCAGGUGAUGAAGAAGCAGAUGAUGUUCAUCAAGACCUGCGCGUGCCACUACAACUGCCCGAGCGAGAACGACAUCUUCGAGUCCAUGUACUACAAGAAGAUGGUCGGCGACAUGGCGUAAAGAAGAAGGAAAGAAAACCUUCGCCAAACGACCGAUAAAAUGACUUCUUGACUUGAAUCCCACAGAACAUCCAUCUCAUUUGCAGCACAAUACUUGUUUGUCUUUUGGUUUGUUCAUUUUUCAUUUGCAUUGUGUAUGUUUUUUUCUUUUGUUUUUGUUUUACAAAGACUCAAAACUAUAUGAAUAUGCUAAGUGUAUAUGUAUGAGCAUGUUGAUGGAUACCUAGGGCUGCCUGCCUUGCAGGCGUCUUGCCCUAGCAGUGAGUACGUGAUUGACAGGGGGGCUGUCCUGCAGUCCCGGUAAGAAUACUGCACUAUAGUUCUACUCUGUGACCACCCUUAGUGAUGUCACUAAUUGGCAGAUUCUCUUGUGCCAGUUUCUCUUUCCUCCGUAAAACUGUGGUGGGCGAUCCAACCGACUUGGCAGUUUUUUUUUGCAAAACUCAGAGCACUUGCAGUAGGGAGGGCAAAGACUUUAACCCCAAAGGGAACCGUAAAAAUACUUUACCCACCGAGAAGUGCUAGCUGAAUGUGCUGGUGAGGCAGCACUGUUGUGGAGUUUUCCCAUUCCAGUGUCGACGACAGGUCCUAGUUUCAGAGUUUGCUGAAAACAGCCGUCCUUAAAGACAAGGCGCCUGGCGAACACGCGUUGAGAGUUUGCUACAGCACUGAAAAAAAAUAAAUAAGUGUUUGACUUUGACUGACUGAUUUAGGUCACUAGAAGGGAAUCAGUAUUUUGUCAGAAAAAAAAAGACUGGAUGAUUUGUAGCUUCAUUCCUUUUUAUAUCAUAAUGCUGUAAAUAUUGUACAUAUUUUUGUACAGUUGUCUAAGUUAAUUUAAAGGCAUUUGACUCUUUUUUUUUUUUGCUUUGACAUGAUUAUUGAUAGCUUAUUUGCUGAAGUCACUGUUCCUGUGACAGUUUGUGUACUAUUUUAUUGAGAAGUGUGACCAAAAAAUGUCACAUGUUUUCAUUUUUGUAGUUCGAAAUAAAAUUAUUAUAUUUUUUAUAUAAACACAA